AUGUUUCAUCGCGACACUUCACAACAACAGUUCGCCGCACCUCUUCGCCGCACCUCUUCACCGCAACUCUGCACCGCAACACUUCGCUCCACCGCAACUUUUUGCUUAGCCGCAACUCUCUGCCUUGUCGCAAUUCGCAACUAUUCGCUCCUCCGCAACUCUUUGCUUCUCCGCAACUCUUCGCUCCGCCGCAACUAUUCUCCGCAGCGCAAGAUGAUUUUCUUCUUCUCCUCACUUGCGAGCAGCUAUGGGGAGGCAAGGAGCGGAGAAGUGAUCUUGAAAGUUUACGAUAUGGAGGAAGUUGGUGAGAUGAAUCAAAAGGACAAGCACAGUGUGCCAUUUUACAGGUUGUUCUCAUUUGCUGAUACUACAGACAUCUUUCUAAUGAUUCUGGGGACUGUUGGAGCGCUGGGAAAUGGAGCUGCUUUUCCUAUCAUGACAAUUCUAUUCGGAAAGAUAAUACAGGCGUUUGCAGGAGCUGAACAAAAUAAUGCCGUUACUCCAAUGGUUUCAAAGAUAACUCUCGAGUAUAUCUAUUUAGCAAUUGGCUCAGGAGUGGCAUCUUUUCUCCAGGUGGCAUGCUGGAUGGCUACUGGUGAGAGACAAGCAGCAAGAAUAAGGAACUUGUACCUCAAAACUAUAUUAAGACAAGAAAUAGCCUUCUUUGACAAGGAAAUCAACACAGGAGAAGUUGUUGAAAGAAUGUCAGGCGAUACUGUUCUAAUACAAGAUGCCAUGGGUGAGAAGGUCGGUAAAUGCAUUCAGCUAAUGUCAACAUUUUUUGGGAGUUUUAUAGUAGCGUUUGUGCAAGGAUGGCUUCUAUCCCUCAUGAUGCUCUCUAUAAUUCCACUCUACAUGAUUUCUGGUGGAAUAAUGUCUACAUUUCUAUCAAAGAUGGCAUCGAAGGGCCAGACUGCCUAUGGUGAAGCAGCAGUGGUCGUAGAGCAAUCAAUUGACUUAAUCAGAACCGUAGCAUCUUUCACUGGGGAGAAGCUUUCAGUGACGAAAUACAGUAAUGCACUAAGAAAUGCCUAUGCUUCCUGUGUUCGUGCAGGACUGGCUGCUGGACUGGGCAUUGGCUCUCUUGUUCUCCUCAUGUUCUGCGGGUACUCAUGGGGUGUAUGGAAUGGGGCAAAGCUAAUUUUAGACAAAAACAAAGGGUACACUGGUGCGAACGUCAUUAACAUUGUUUUUGCAAUCCUGACUGGUUCCGCUUCUCUAGGUGAGGCAUCUCCAUGCUUUUCAGCAUUGGCAGCAGGACAAGUUGCAGCAUACAAAAUUUUUAAAACGAUCGACAGAAAACCAGAGAUUGAUGCUUAUGAUACAACUGGUAAGAAAUUGAAUGACAUUCGAGGAGAUAUUGAAUUCAGAGAUAUACAUUUCAGCUACCCUGCAAGACCAGAUGAACAGAUAUUUAGAGGAUUCUCACUUUUAAUUGAGAGCGGCACAACUGUAGCACUAGUUGGAGAGAGCGGGAGUGGCAAGUCCACAGUGAUUAGCUUAAUUGAAAGGUUUUACGACCCGCAAGCUGGUGAGGUUCUUAUUGAUGGAAUAAAUAUUAAGGAGUUCCAGCUUAUGUGGCUCAGGGGUAACAUUGGGCUAGUGAGCCAGGAGCCUGUUCUUUUUGCCUCCAGUAUUCAAGAUAACAUCUCUUACGGCAAGGAUGAUGCAACAACUGAAGAGAUUAGACUUGCCGUUGAACUAGCUAAUGCUUCAAAAUUCAUUGGCAUGAUGCCCGAGGGACUGGAUACCAUGGUCGGAGAGCAUGGAAUUCAACUAUCUGGGGGCCAGAAACAAAGAAUUGCGAUUGCUCGAGCUAUUCUAAAGAAUCCAAAAAUAUUAUUGCUUGAUGAAGCAACUAGUGCUCUUGAUGCAAAAUCUGAAAGAAUUGUACAGGAAGCAUUGGAUAAAGUCAUGAAGAACCGUACGACUGUUGUAGUUGCUCAUCGUUUGAGCACAGUGAGAAAUGCGGAAUCUAUUGCUGUUAUGUCGGGUUCCAUUGUUGAAAAAGGUUCGCAUGAGGAGCUUGUAAAGGAUCCAAAUGGCGCUUAUAGCCAGCUUAUUCGUAUGCAGCAAAUGAGAGAAAACUCCAAUCUAUUAACUCAACCUGCUAAUGGCAAAGCAAAGUCUUACUCUGCUGAUGGAUCCAGCCGUUCUCGUCAUCACUCCAUUAGCGGACAAUUUUCUUCAGGGCACAGCAGUCAAUCCUACUCAUUCUCCAGGGGACUGGGACUCUCUAUUGAAAGUGCAUCAGGGCACCAAAACGAACAGCAGAAUCCAGAAAAACGAAAGGAAGUUCCUCUCAGUCGCCUUGCCAGCUUAAACAAGCCAGAGAUCCCACUAUUGCUGCUUGGUUCGUUAUUUGCAAUAGUUAGUGGGCUUGUCUUUCCAAUUUUUGGAUUAUUACUAUCCAGUGUUAUAAAAAGUUUGUAUCAACCUCCAAAUAAGCUCAUGAAGGAGACUGAAUUUUGGUCCCUAAUAUUCCUAUUAUUCGGAAUCAUUUCUAUGGUGGCAAUUGCAGCAAGUUCAUACUUCUUUGGAGUUGCUGGAUCCAGAUUGAUAAGAAGGAUUAGAUUGAUGACAUUUGAAAAGAUUGUUAACAUGGAGAUAGCAUGGUUUGAUGAUCCUGAGAACUCCACCGGAGCAAUUGGUGCAAGAUUGUCAUCAGAUGCAGCUACGGUUAGAAGUCUGGUUGGAGAUGCCCUCUCACUGAUUGUUAAGAAUAUCACCACCAUAAUUGCUGGUUUGGCAAUUGCUUUUAAUGCCAAUUGGCAACUCUCUCUUAUCUUUUUGGCAAUGAUACCCCUCCUUGGUCUCACUGGAUUUAUCCAAAUGAAGUCCAUGAAGGGAUUUAAAAAUGAAGCAAAGUAUGAGGGAGCAAGCCAAGUUUCUAAUGAAGCCGUGGGAAACAUAAGGACAGUUGCUUCAUACUCUGCUGAAGGGAAGUUCAUGGAACUGUACAAGAAAAAGUGUGAAGGGCCUAUGAGAACAGGGAUAAAAAAAGGAGUCAUUAGUGGAAUUGGAUUUGGUGUUUCCAGUUCUUUGAUCUUUUGUGUUUGUGCAACUAAUUUUUUCGCUGCUUCAAUCCUUCUUGAUGAUGGGAAGAUAACAUUUGACCAAGUGUUUAUGGUAUUCUUUGCCAUAACAUUGGCAGCCUUAGGAAUUUCACAGUCAAGCAACCUAGUACCAGAUUCUGGCAAGGCCAAGGCUGCAGCUACUUCUGUGUUUGCAGUUUUAGACCUCAAAUCUAAAAUUGACCCAAGUGAAAAUUCUGGUGUGACUGCUGAAAAACUCAAAGGCCAUAUUAUUUUCACUCAUGUAAAUUUCAGUUAUCCCACAAGACCUGAUGUUAAGAUCUUUAAGGAUUUAUGCUUGUCUAUUCAAUCCGAAAAGACCUUAGCAUUGGUGGGAGAGAGUGGAUGUGGAAAAUCAACAGCAAUUGCACUAUUGCAAAGAUUUUAUGACCCUAAGUCUGGCCAUAUACUUUUAGAUGGAAUUGAGCUUAAAAAGUAUAAUCUAAGGUGGUUGAGGCAGCAGAUGGGUUUGGUGAGUCAAGAACCAGCAAUGUUUAAUGAUACAGUUAGAUCAAACAUUUCAUAUGGGAAGGAAAAAGAAGCUACAGAAGUUGAGAUACUUGCUGCUGCCAAGACAGCAAACGCUCAUGAGUUCAUUUGUAAUUUACAGAAGGGUUAUGAAACCGUUGUGGGAGAGCGAGGAAUCCAGCUAUCUGGUGGUCAGAAACAAAGGGUAGCAAUAGCUCGUGCUAUAGUGAAAGAUCCAAAGAUUUUGCUCCUGGAUGAGGCUACUAGUGCACUUGAUGCAGAAUCUGAAAGAAUUGUUCAGGAUGCGUUGGACCGAGUGGUGGUCAGUCGGACAACUGUGGUGAUUGCUCAUCGACUCACUACAAUUAUGAACGCUGAUCUCAUUGCUGUUGUUAAAAAUGGGGUAAUCAUAGAGAAAGGAAAACAUGAUGAGCUGAUUUGUUUAAAGGAUGGAGCUUAUGCUUCUUUGGUAGCUUUAUAUUCAAGUGCAAACACCUCAUAAGUUGUUCUCAGUUUUCUUAAUGAUUUUGAUAAAUAAAAAGU